CCGGAGGAAGCACACUUUUUCUUCACUGCAGGUGGCCGCGCGGGCGCCGGCAGUCGAUGGGGCGAAGCUGGCCGAAGCCAAGAAGAGGCUAGCAGCGGACUGUCCAGCGAUCUCCUUCGGCGGCGGCUCCAACGGAGAACGCGGCCCUAAGCAUCAGCGACGGCAGCGCGCUGCCGCAACCUCGGCGGCAGCAGCUGCGACGGGAGGAGCAGCGAACAGGGGCGCCGAUGGGUCGGACGGGGAGACGGCGGCGGACAUGCUGAAGAGCCAGCUCAACGCAGCACAGCGCACCAGAGCGCUCGGGGGCUGUCUGGCGUCGACGCACCUGCCCCCCCUCGGAGUGCGAACUGAACGCCGUGGCAGUCGCUACCAUCGACCAGUAUAUGGACACCGUCAAGGAGAAGCCCACGAACCAGGGACAAGGCCAGCCUGGUAACCAGCAUGACCGUGAUUGAUGCGCUCACCAACAACACGCAGUUGCAACGUGAUCCCGAAGUGCAGCACGAAAUGGAAGUCACCAUGGCUUUCGCAGCCAAAGUGAAGAAGCUCCCCAUGGUGGCAGCAGCAGAGUAUCUCAAGUACUGGAAGGCCCAAGAAGUGUACGUGGAGCAGACUGUGCCUCUGAACAAGAGGCAGGUGCGGCGUACCUACUUCAUCAACGCGUGGGCCAACCUCGAAGGCGCGGGCGGGUUCAUGGUUCCCCUGGACGGCGUGAUUACGAGUUUGCUUCUGAAGCUGGGCAGCAUGCCCAAGCCGGGCCCGCCUCCGAAGACCACGCAGGAGAGGAAGAUGCAGAACAGCCUAGAGAGGCUGCUUCGCAGCGCCAGGCACCGCAGGUGAUUUUUGCGCAAAAAGGUGAGCAGAGGAGUGAACCGACUGUUGGUGCAGAGGUAAGCAGUGGCGUGCAUGGUCAGACUGUGCUGGAGAGAGGGCGAGUUCGAUUCCAGGGAAAUUGGGAGCCUCCUGAGCAGCUACAUUCGCAGAGAGGUCGAAGACCUCAGAGAGGGUAGUUUCGCAUUGUCUUUGAAUGUGAGCGGGGGGGGGUGCUGUGUGACGACAUCUGCAGAGCAAGUCUGACUGAGAUGCAAUGCACUUGUUCAUGAGGGAGGGACAGUUAAUGAAAUUAUCCCUUGCUCUCGGGCCGCAAAUUUGGGGAUGCCAUCCCUUCGAUGUUGGACCCCUUGGGGGCCGUUCGCUGCAUUGGUUUCAAGCGUUCGCGAAGUAUUGUCUUGUCGCUGUUUCUGGUGAUGUCUGCCUCUGUUAUGUCAGUGUGCACGUGUCUAGCUCUCUCGCUGGCGCUCCUUUUUUUGCCUUGCCUGAUGUGCCUGCACGCGCCAUUUUCUGCCACUGGCGUCCAUUGUGCCCUAUUUCGUCUCAGUCGUCUAUCCGCCCUAUUCCAGCCAUGCGUCCUGGGCGAAGGGCGCCACAAUGGGAUGGCCACUGUUUGACAUCGGUGGGGCCCUAACGCGCCCGCACCGCCCAUCUG